CCGACGCUACCUACGACCUCGAUGAGUAAAGCAACGCCGUCACUUCCUUUUCGCGUUCUCGCAUUAUCUAGGUACCACGUCACCGAAUGUCUUGAAGAUAGUUAAAAGAAAAGGCCUCAAAAGCAAUACACGAUGGUCGAAGCAAUGACUGACGCGCCCGUGUCUCGCAAGAGAGGCCGGCCACGAACUGUGACAGACGAUCAGCGAGUUCUCGAGAGACGACGGAUGCAGCUUCGCGUCGCGCAGCAAGCAUACCGCAAGAGAAAAGAGACGACGAUCGCUACGCUGCAAUCUCGCGUACAGGAACUCGAGUCGGGUAUCGAAGAGCUCAGUGAGUCGUUUCUGUCCUUCAGUAAUCUUAUGAUCGAGACUGGGAUUCUCGAAAAUCAGCCUCAUGUCACAGCUGCUCUGCAAAAUAUCACACAGCAAUGCGUGUCGCUGGCCAAAAGCGGCUGCGACAAUGCCAAAGAAGCAUCUGUAGCCCGAGCGGACGUGCCAUCAUCGACGUCUCCCACGCUCAGCGAUACCCAAGAUAUAAUCUCAAAUGACGAUCCGCUCAUAACGCAACUUGCUUCAUUGCCCAUAAUCGGUGACGCUUUCCAGUCCUCGUCGGACCUCGCGGAUCCAUGGCCUGGACUAUCACAACUACCCCCCACGCCGCCCUCCCAAGAACAAGCAAUUCUACCACUCGGAAGAGUAUUGCCGUCGCCAAUUGUCACCUUCUCAUCUAUCCCUAGCCUUGCCUUGAAUUUUCCGGUCAUAGGUUCGCCUCCAAAUCUCUCAAAGCAAAGGCGCUGGCCACUCUCAUACCGUCUGGUCCUACAAUGCUGCGAGAUUGGAUACCAUCUAUUACUAGGCUCAUCUGGAGACGAUCCAAGGGCCAAAGCAAUCUUCGGAAAACGAUUGGCCAUGGAUGAGCGCAACCGCUUGAUGUCCGGAUUCAUCGCUGUCAUGCACGACGAAGUAGGAGACGUGAUCGAGUUGCGAACAGAUGUUCUCGAUUCAAGGAGGAAGAGCUACUCGCCCGAACAACUCGCUGUUUCCACUCGAACGUGGCAGACUGUCAUUGAAUCGGGUGCUGACGAGUGGAUGGACGCGAUUGGUGUGCAAAGGCUGCUACAGGAGCGAGGGAUUCGUUCUUGUAUUCAGAACCCGAGCUCGCCCUUCUGCGGUUCCUGGUUCCAUUCGGCUCCGCAGCUCAACCUAGCGAGCUUCAUUAAAUAUCUUUCCCUCUGCUCUAUCUGUCUCGGUCGUGGACCAGCAUUCCGAAAGCGCGAUGUUGAGAAUGCGAUUCGCCUUGCAACCAUUAAUGAUUCUUGGGAUUUUAAUCCUGUCUGCGAAAUACCCUGAACUAUGUGUAAUAGCAAUUAUUGUCUAUGAUAGAGAAAACCUCUGUUCACUUUGCAUGAUGCGGCGAAUAGAAGUGGGACCCCGCCGUGGAGUUGAGAAAGCCCUUCCAGUACAUAUGUUUCCUAUCUCCA